AUAUAAUUUUGAUAGGUAAAAUCUUUACAAAUUUAUAUAAUGCACAUUGUCGUCAUAUUAACAAAUAUAAUAUAGAUAGAAUCAGCUGAAGAGAUGUACAGAUAAUUUGUCUUUAAGCGAAAUACUGUUACAAAUAUUGUUUAUAAUAUGUAUCAUAAAUGUUAUUCGUCAUAUAGGAUUUCAUAUAUUGUUAGAAGAUCGUUUCUUCGAUUUGACGAUUUUGAAAACGCUUGACGUUAAAAAUAGUCGGAUACAUCGUUGUAAGAAAAACAAAUAGUAUGUCUAGAAAAGAUUUUGAUAUCAUCAGGCGUUAAAUGUUAUCGUAUAAAGGUGUAAACGUAUGUAUCAUCCAGAAUAAAAGAUCGUUUAAAAGAUUCGGAAUAUUAACUUUGUUUACUAUACUCGUUUGAACUGAAAUAUUUAAUUAUUAAUUUAUUAAUCUCUUAUUGAGACACAAUGGAGAACGAGGAAAAAAUGGAUAAAAAGUCAAUAAUUGUAGAAAAUGAGAAAGAUAAAUCUGACGUUUCUUCGCAAACAAAAGAGGUGGGAAAUACAAAGAAUGUGCAGUCUCAAAAAUCUGAUACUACAAAUACUGGAAAUGAUGAAUUAAUUCAUUCGCGACAAUCGCGCGAAGUUCAAACGGAUAUCGCGUAUACAGAAACAGUAGGAAAAUUAAAAAAUCGGCUAGAUACGUUGAUGAAUUCUUUAGCUACUCUUUCGGCAGAAAAAUCUAAAAUGGAAGCAAGUUUUCAACAGGAUAAGAAGCAAUUGAGGAACGAACGAGACGAAUGUGAAAAAAUAAUCAAGGAUUUGAAAGAAAAAUUAAACAAAGUGCAAACUACGAAUUACUCUGAAAUCGAGCAUGUGAAAUGUAAAUUAAUUAUGGAACGUCACGAGAGGGAAAGAGAGCAAGCUGAUCAUGCAAAAAUGAUAAAAGAACUGCAAAAAUUAUUACAUGAAGAACGACGAAACAAAGAACAACUUGAAGCACAAGUAAAAAGUCAGUUUGCACAUAAGACACAAUGUAAAAUACUUGAAGCUGAAUUAGAAAUAGCUAGAAAUAAGCUUAAACAAGCAGAAGAAGCAGCUAAAGAAACACCCCCGAUUCUACUAUCACUCCAAUCUGAAAUGGCUCUAAUGAAGAAACAACAUUUAAAUGCAAUACAUGAAGAACAAAAAAGAGCUGCUGCUGCAGAACAGCAAGCUAGAGCAUUAGCAAUGACUCAUGAAGCAAGAGUAGCUGGUCUAGAAGCAAGACUAGCUGAACUUUCAGAAAUUGUUGGAGGAUAUGAUAGGCUCAGACAGCAAGAUCAACAAGCCAUACAGAAACUGAAAGACCAACUAAUUAAUUUACAAGACUCUGAACAUGAGUAUAUUACAUUAAAUAACGAACCUGAAGAGAUCAUUUCUAGAAUAAAAAACCUGUAUACCAAAUUGUUAGAUUUAGAUAAUAAAAAAAGCGAAUCAGCACAUGUUAAAUCAUUAUUACAUAGCUUAGAUUUAUAUGAUAAACAACAAGUUAUUGAUUAUAAAGAAAAGUAUGAAACUUUGUUACAAGAAUUCGAAGAUUAUAAACAGCAAAUGAAGUAUAGUAAUGUUGGAAACAUAUCGUAUAAUAUUCAGAGUCAAAAUAUUGCAUCAUCUUAUGAUAAAAAUAGCAAAACGCAAUUACAUAUUUUAAAAGCACAUAAUAAUAAUCUAGAAGAACGAAUACGUGUUUUAAAUAACGAAAUUGUGAAUAAGGAAAGGGAAUUGAAGUUAAAAUUGGAGCAUCAGGAAAAGUCAUCUCAAGAAGAACAUGGAAAAUUGAGACAUUUGUUAUUACAAAAGGACAAUGAAUUUCGUAAUAAAAUAUCUACGUUAGAGCAACAAUUAUUACGUCAACGAGAACGAUCGAUGGCUCUCAUCGAAGAAAAGGAUAAAGAAAUUUUAACUUUAAAAACAUCUUUUCACGCAUUAUUACCCAAAAAGGAAAAUACCGAAGAAAGGAAGCUAAAUGCAUCAAAAUGUGAAAAUGGAACAGAGCCUAUUACCGAUUUAGUAACAGGAUUAUUAACAAAUGACAGUCCUCCAAUAUUGCAUUACAGUCAAGAGUUGGCAAGAAAAGAGGUGCAAGUAUCAGCAUCUAGAAAAAAAGUUUUAGAGUUAGAAGCAACAUUACGGGAAAAACAAAGAGAAGUCAUAUAUAUAAAGGAGAAACAGAAAGAAAAUAUAAAAACUUUGCAAGCUCAGAUUGCGAGGCUCGAAGCUUGCAAGUCUAGGGAAGGUGCAAAUCUUGAAUAUUUGAAAAAUGUUUUUAUAAAUUAUUUAACUACAAGCGAUGUUUCUAGUAAACGUCAUAUGCUAAACGCUAUUUCUACAGUAUUGCGUUUUACUGCGGAAGAAUUAAAUAAGGUAAAACAUUAAUUUAUAUUAUGGAAAUGUAUAAAAAGAUUAGUAGCUGAUCUAAUCAUAAAAUUUAUUUAUUUUGUUAUAUUUUCGGUGCUAUCUCAAAUGAUAUUUGAGUAUAUUAUACUAAUAAUGUGUUCAUAAGUAAAAGUUAAAUCUAUUAUCUGUAAUUAUUUAAGAAAGGGCAUUUCCAACCGAUUUCGGUGACCUUGAAAUAUGUUAUCGGGGACAUAAUCCUGAAUAGCUUUUCCCUAUACAUGUUACCGUCGCUCGGCCUCAGUUUCGGUGAUAUACGCAAAAGUAUUUUUAUCACUAUGUACUUUUAAGAGGGUAUUAUCCUAUGAAUUCUUUAAGUUGAAGAUGUAGUCCAACGUUGCAACUUUUUUUCGUAGUUUACUUUGUUACUUCUUCCUCAUAAAUAAUCAUUUUGUAUACAGUUUUAAUUAAUUGCCUUUUGGUUUUAUCCUACCCACAAUAAAUGAGCAUUUAGAGAUCGUAUCUCACUGACGUAGGUGAUUGUAACUUUCGAUAGACUAAAACAAAAAAGUAAAGAAGAUUCUUAAUCAAUAGGCCUAUCUUUAACGUACGUACUGAAAUAAAUAAUUUAUGUCGAAGAUUGGCAAAAUGAUGAAUGCUUAAGUUGCAAAUUUCGAAGUUUCAUUCUUUUUUCGAUAAUUGUUAAAUAAAACAAGCAUGAUAAAUUCAACGUAAAAAUAAAGUAAAUUAUUUAUUUUGAUAUGAACAAUGACAAUAAACCUAUUGGUUAAGAAUUUUCUUACUUUUGUUUUAUAUAUAUAUAUAUAUAUAUAUAUAUAUAUAUAUGUAAUAACUAAUAAUAUAUAUAAUAUGUGUAUGUACCUAUAUAUAUAUACAUGCAACCUAAUGAUAAUCACGCAUGCUCUUAGUUCUAGAGUUAUGCAGAAAAGCACGUUUGGUAGUACAUAUACAUAAACAAUAGUUGAAUUUACGAUAUACUUACAAAAUUGAACGAAAUAAAAAUUAAGUCAUGCCAACGCGAGGAUAUUAGUCUUCACCAAGUUACGACCCAUCGAUUUGUCUUUUCUGUUUACAUUAAGGAUGAUUAUCAUCAGCGAGUUAAGUUUAGGGGGAGUUAUAUAAAGAUGCGGUCGCUUACAUCAGAGUGAAGUAAAAAUUAAAAUUAGUUUAAGCUUUUUUUGAAUAUAUCGGAAACUAAGGUUAAGCGACGGUAAUAUGUAUAAAGUAAAGUUGUUCAGAAUAAUGAUUUUGACAACAUAUCUCAAAGUCAUCGAAAUCGUAAUGGGCAUCGUAAUACCCCUUUGUAAAUAAUUACCCUAUCCAAUGAUUAUCAAUUAUAUAUAUAUAUAUAUAUAUAUAUAUAUAUAUAUAUAUAUAUAUGUAUAUGUAUGUAUAUGUACAUAUAUAAUUAUCUUCUGAGAUCCAUGUUAAAUCAUCUAUGCAUUAUAAGAAACGAUGUGAAAUCAUUGCAAGACAUUCCUCGCGUUAGUUCUAUGAAUUUAAGAUAUUUGAAAAAUAUAUAAAAUGAUACAACUAGAAGAAGGGUUGUAGGACUCUUAUACUUUAAAGAUGUUUAGAUUUCUUAUCGAGAUAUGUAAAUAAAUUAUAACUUGUACUUUAAGCAAACGUAUAUUAUUAUUUCAAAAGGACACUAUUGUUUCUUUAAUAGUAAGGGUGACGGUAAAAAAACAUUAAUAUUGAAACGGAAAGCGAUUUGAAAUAAAAUUGUCAUACAAUUGUAUGCACUCUCAUGCAUACUUUUUGUAAGUAUAUGCAGGAAGAAAUAAAAUAUAAAAUUUA